AUGGGAGCGGGGAGCCGCAUGUCGGCGGGGCAGGUCGCGGAGGCCGGGAUCGAGCUGCCCGCCUUUGGGAUCGAGCAGCGCAGGCCUGGCGACCGCUCGGACCCCUUCAGGAGCGGAGACCGGUCGGACGGGCGCGAGGCCGCGCUCGCACCGCAGCCUUCCGCCAGCGCUGCUGCCCGCUGCUGCCUGCUGGCACGGGAGCCGCCGGACGUGCUGCGCGGCGAGAGCUGUUCGUCGGCGCUCCUGCUGGACGACGCCUCGGAGGCGACGCCGCGGCUGGGCGAUGAAGGCAGCGAGAGGCGUGGCGACUCCUCAGGCGACGCGGCCACCGGCGGCACAGAGAGCUUGAGCUCGGGCACCGGAGGAGGGUAG